UCCGAAGUGACGGAAGCGGAAGACCUGAGCAGCCUCGCACUGACCGACUGUGCCCAAGACGCUUCGGCAUGUUAUCGAAUGUUUGCAAGUGAACUUGGACUGUGAACGACUUUAGACAAAUAAAUCCCAUCACUGAAAUACAGAAGAGAGAUAAAAAAGCUGCUGUUCAGAUUAUAUCUAAAUGGAUAUAAAAAAGGAGACGUGUGAGGCUGACAUCAAUACCAGAGAAACAAUGGCUGUAAGUAUUAAGAAGGAGGAGUGUGAGUGGGAGUCCAUCCACCCUAAACAGGAGAGUCUCCACAUUAAGGAGGAGGACUGUGAGACGGGGUUAGUGAGCAUUAAAGAAGAGGCUGAAGAGACGUCUGUCAGCAUUGAGACAAACAUUUGUAAAAGUGUGCAGAAUGUCAAGGAAGAGGACCAUCAGUGUGGGGGUGAAGAUGGAGCAGAGACCGCAUUAGUCUCCUCUCACAGCAGACCCUGUGCAUCAUCAGAGCCUUCAAUCCUGGUGAAGUCUGAAUCAUCACAGCCUGACACAAAGAGGACUGAAGACCCUUCAUCCGUUAGAAUUCAGGAAGAUCGGCCGCCACCUACAAAUCAGGCUGAUAAAAGAGACAAACCUCACUGUUGUUCUGAAUGUGGCAAACAAUUCUAUCGCAGAGGUGAUCUUCAGAGCCACCUAAGAGUUCACACUGGAGAGAAGCCUUUUUGCUGUUUGGAAUGUGGCAAACAGUUUUCAAGAAGAUGCCAUCUGCAGAACCACAAAAUAAUCCACACUGGAGAGAAGCCAUAUUGCUGUACAGAUUGUGGCAAAGAAUUCUGUGACAGGAGUCAUCUUCUGAGCCACAAAAGAAUCCACACAGGAGAGAAGCCAUUUGGCUGUUCGGAUUGUGGAAGACAGUUCUCUCACAAGAGUACACUGCACAGGCACAAAAGAAUUCACACUGGAGAGAAGCCAUAUUGCUGUUCGGAAUGUGGCAAGCAAUUCCGUGAUAAGGGUAGUUUUGAGACCCACACUAGAAUCCACACUGGAGAAAAACCAUAUGGCUGUUUGGAUUGUGGCAAACAGUUCUGUCACAAGAGGAGCUUUCGGUGCCACAGAAGAAUUCACACAGGAGAGAAGCCAUAUUGCUGUAGUGAAUGUGGCAAACAGUUCUGUGACUGGAGUCAUCUUCAGAGCCACAAAAGAAUUCACACGGGAGAGAAGCCAUAUUGCUGUACAGAGUGUGGUAAACAGUUCUGUCACAAGAACACUCUGCAGAGACACAAACGAAUCCACACUGGAGAGAAGCCGUAUUAUUGUUCAGAAUGUGGCAAACAAUUCCGUGAAAAGAGUACCUUUCAGAGCCACAUGAGAAUUCACACUGGAGAGAAGCCGUAUUGCUGUUCGGAAUGUGGCAAACAAUUUUGUCACCAUCGUAAUCUCCAAUGCUGACAAAAGAAUUCCCUGUGGAGAGACCUUGAAUACAGUAAUCCCUCCUCGAUCACGGGGGUUGCGUUCCAGAACCCCCCGCGAUAGGUGAAAAUCCACGAAGU